AUGGAAUCGAUAGUGAAAAAAUUUCAGUCAAAAUUUAGAAAAGUUAGGGAAGAGAUAAAUCGAUGGGACGAACUUCAGUCUUACUUAAUUUCACAGUUUAGGAACGCUUCCCAUAUUGUUGAUAGGUUGCAGUUGCUUCAAAAUUCCAACAAUCAUGGUGUUCUAAAUUGUGUCAGUGGUAUGAGAGAUGCUCUUUUGGAGAAGCAGAUUGAAUCGCUUAGAAACAUUUUGGUUUCCAUGAGAAAGACUUUGGAAGAGUUUCACUGUAUUGUCUUAUCUCUUGACAAAAUUCACCGAGAUAGUAGACAACUAGUGAAAGGGGGUUCUUCUCAACUGAACAAGAAACAACUGCAGCAGCAAGUUGGCAUGAAACCUAGUCUUAAUUAUUGCCUGGAUAGCCUGAUGUUUAUACAUGAGAUAUACAACUCUGAGUAUUUAUUAAAAUCAUCAUUGAUCUCAGCAUUAUCAGAAAUGGCCUUAAAAAACAGUGCCAGUGAUCUUGGUGCACUUCAGCAGCUCUUGUUUGAUCAACCCAAUGUCCAAACUGAGGAAGUUCAAUUUGUAUUUGAUAUGAUAUUUGCCGAAGAACUGAGUUGA